AUGUCGUUCAGUCCACGACCACGGCCCGACACUGUGCACCUCGCCUUGUCGGACCCCGACCUGACCGACACGUACCGCGACGACCACUCGUCCAACGCCGCCUCGUCCCCGCGCGUGCGCCAUCCUCGAGGCGACACCCCGCUCUCGCGCAGGUCCACCGCCACCAGCCCCGGUCGGUGGAGCGUCACGACGCGCAGCACGAGCGACCCGCACGACGACCGAGGCGCCGACGCCGACUUGCGCCAGCUGAGCAACCUCGACAAGCUCCUCGACUUGCUCGAUGGCGACGACGACGGCGACGGCGACGGGCACGACGAGACGUGGGACUCGGCGCACCGCAACUUGAACCUGUCGCGCUCCAUCGCCAUGUCGACCCCGCCACCGCCGACAGCGAGCCAGCCGUCGACCUCGCGCCGCCCUCCUCCCGCCCCGUCCACCGUCCGCAAGCACGCCUCGUCCGCUCCUCGCCCCUCAGCUUCCUCCUCUCGACCCGCACCCUACCCAUCCAGCGACACGGUCAUCUCAGACACCGUCGCCUCGCCCCUCGCCCCUCCCUCGACCCGCUCCAUCCGCCCUCCCCUCUCCGGCCGCGCACCCAGCGCCGUCGAGCUCCUUCAGCGCGCCAACGGCUUCAGCGCCUCGCGCGGCACCCUCGUCGGCGACGGCGGGCUCCCCGACUCGCCGAGCCCGAGACCGGGCAGCGUCGCCGCGCUGCGCAGGAGCGAGGCGGACCGCAGCAGCGCGAGCGCGCUCGACGCGAGCGGGCUCGUCAAGGGCAAGGAGCGCGCGUACGGCGACGACUCGGGACUCGAGAGGACGGGUGCGGCGGUCGAUGGGUCGUACGAGGAGACGGUCGCGUCGGUCGACUCGAUCACGCGCGUGGCAGAAGCGGCCCUCAAGGAGUUCGACACGAUCGUCUCGCACCACUCGUCGCCCGGCCGGCCCGCCUCGCGCAUGCGCAACAUCCCCUCGCCGCCAGGGAGCGCGACCGCCUCGACCUUUGCCGACCCUGCCGCACACGCACCUCCUUCCUCCGCUCCGCCACUUCAGCAGCAUCAGCAGGACUAUGCUCGAGACGACGACUCGCAUACGCAAGACGUCAACCUGCAGCUCGUGCAAGAGCUCCGCGACGCGCAGGACUACAUCGCCUACCUCCAGAACGAGCUGCACGCCAUCACCGACGUCGUCAGCAGCUGCGCGAGGCGCCCGACCCGAGCCCACACGUGAGCGACCAGUACUCGAGCGCGACACAGCAGCGGCACCGUCCGAGCGCGCAACUUUCGGAGCGAGAGCAGGUCGAGCAGACGGCGCAGGCCGCGUUCGAGGUCGUCAAGCACACUCUCGCCAUGAUCCCCUCGCUCCCGUCCUCCCUCUCCUCCCCCUCCUCGGCCGACCCUCCAACCUCGACCGGGCCCUCUCUCCUCUCGCUGCACCGCGCCCUCGCCUUCACGCGCUCGGUCGACCAGCUCGCGCACCGCGCGCGCGCCCCGAGGCGCGACGAGGACGUGUUUGGCGAGCACAACUUGACGAGCGUGCUCGGCGUCGUCGGCGAGUGGGCGGCGAGGGACGAGGCGAGAGGGGGGAGGUAGCCUUCUUGCGACGAGCAUUGUCGUUCUCUCGAGAGAUUUC